UUCAGCUGUGGGUGACGGGGUCAGGCAGGUCUUUUCCAAAUGGUUUCCUAACCGAUGUUUCAUGGGACUUUGAUGAGAGGGAAGAGUGAUAAGACUCCUGCUGCUGGGAGCCCUUCAACUUGGGGUGUCACAUUUUAUCUUUGUAGUAUAUUUGGGUUCUAGAUAAGAUUUCAUCUGGAGAAGGGAAAAAUAUUUAAAACAAUGGCCUCAUCGUAUAAACAAAGGAGACCUGACAAAGUGGCUAAGUGUUGGCAGUUCAGGUUUUACUCAUCCCAUGGGUCUUGCAUCUGAAAGAAGUGUCUGGAGAGUGGGAUGUAUGGCCUCAAGGGAUGACAUUCUCGGGGAGGAAUUGCUGGCCUGGAGACCUUGUUCAGGGGAGGUAUGUUUAAUCAGAGGCCCACCCAGAGCAUUCCAGUCCUACUCGCCAAGGAGGCUUCUCACUACUGUCCCUGUGCCUUCCUUCGCUGUGUCUGAUCUUAGGCUUUCCAUGAAAGUUCAGAGUACCUUGUAUGUGCCCAGGAACCUCGAGGCUCAGGAUCAUCCAUAUUAUUCUCCCCUACUCAGGCCUCACUGUGUACUGACUCCGAGAGGGAGGGGAAUUUCUUCCCGGCCAAGUUGAAACUGUUCCUGCUAAAAUGUUUCCCAUAGAAGACUGUGACUACCUGCAAUCCUCAGGGAAUGAGUUAUUCUGAGUGGCUGCAAUUUCCAAAUAGCUAAAGGUCCAUCCCUUGAAUUGCACUUGCUUUUUAUUAUUACUAUUUUUGAUGGAAGUCAUCACACAUAUUCCAGCCUGCAUAAACAGGUUAUAAUGAGCAUAAUUUAACUUGUCCUUAGUGACUCUGGGCUUUUCCUAGGAGUAUUGGUGAUGAUGUUGCCAUGCAGAGUCCACAGAGUCAUUUGGGGUACAUCAAGGUAAUUGUCCCUUCAUUAAAGAACCCUAAGUUCAAUGCUUUUCUGUGCAGUGUCUGCUUAUUUUGGUUUUCCUGUCUCUUCCUAUUAGCAUCCACUUCUCACUGCAAUCAGGGGACCUGCUUCUAACAGUCUGUCUCCUUUUUUCUACCUGGCCCCUCCAUCACUUCUGAUUCACUUGAUUCUGACUGGCUGUCUGUUGGUUUAGAAACCAGAUAAAUGAUCUUGUUUCAACAGUGUAUCCACUGAAAUGAAACAUGUUCUUCAUGGGGACCCGAGGGACACUCAGUCUGAAAUGGAUGUAUGGGGACGUCACGACAUCAAAUUUAAUUGUCUAUUCAAAUGCUUUUAUUACUUGCAUUAGGCAAAGUAGUGCUGUCCUUGGGAUUUUGAGAUCUGAAGAAAUAUAUGAAGAUACAUUUCCUGAUUCGUUGUCUUUGCGUGUUCAAGAAUAAGUCAAUCAGAGAAGGGCAGUGACUUGGACCAGGGGCCCUCAACUCUGGCUGAAUAUUCACAUAAUAUUCAUGUACCAGGACCUGGCCCCACUGAACCGAAUUGAUCUGGAGCCAGAAGGAAAAGUGUAUGUGAUCAUCGAUCUCUCGGGGUCAUCUGGUGAAGCCCCUAAAGACAAUGAGGAGCGCGUGUUCCGGGAGCGCAUGCGGCCGAGGAAGCGGCAGGGGGCCGUGCGGCGCAGGGUCCACCAGGUCAAUGGCCACAAGUUCAUGGCCACCUAUCUUCGGCAGCCCACCUACUGCUCCCACUGCAGAGAUUUCAUCUGGGGUGUCAUAGGAAAGCAGGGAUACCAAUGUCAAGUCUGCACCUGCGUGGUCCACAAGCGAUGUCACGAGCUCAUAAUCACCAAGUGCGCUGGAUUAAAGAGACAGGAGACUCCCGACCAGGUGGGCUCCCAGCGGUUCAGCGUCAACAUGCCCCACAAGUUCGGCAUCCACAACUACAAGGUCCCCACCUUCUGUGACCACUGUGGGUCCUUGCUCUGGGGCCUCUUGCGGCAGGGUUUGCAGUGUAAAGUGUGCAAAAUGAACGUCCACCGUCGAUGUGAGACCAACGUGGCCCCCAACUGUGGCGUGGACGCCAGAGGAAUCGCCAAAGUGCUGGCUGACCUGGGUGUCACGCCAGACAAAAUCACAAACAGUGGCCAGAGGAGGAAAAAGCUCAUUGCUGGUGCUGAGUCCCCGCAGCCUGCUUCUGGAAGCUCGCCGUCCGAGGACGAUCGGUCCAAGUCAGCACCCACCUCCCCUUGUGACCAGGAACUGAAAGAACUUGAAAACAACAUCCGGAAGGCCUUGUCAUUCGACAACCGAGGGGAGGAGCACCGGGCAGCGUCGUCCGCUGACGGGCAGCUGGCGGGCCCUGGCGAGAACGGGGAAGUCCGGCAAGGCCAGGCCAAGCGCCUGGGCCUGGACGAGUUCAACUUCAUCAAGGUGUUGGGCAAAGGCAGCUUCGGCAAGGUCAUGUUGGCGGAACUCAAGGGCAAAGAUGAAGUGUAUGCUGUGAAAGUCUUAAAGAAGGAUGUCAUCCUUCAGGAUGAUGACGUGGACUGCACGAUGACAGAGAAGAGGAUUUUGGCUCUGGCACGGAAACACCCGUACCUAACCCAACUCUAUUGCUGCUUCCAGACCAAGGACCGCCUCUUUUUCGUCAUGGAGUACGUAAAUGGUGGAGACCUCAUGUUUCAGAUUCAGCGCUCCCGAAAAUUCGACGAGCCCCGUUCACGGUUCUAUGCUGCAGAGGUCACGUCAGCCCUCAUGUUUCUCCACCAGCAUGGAGUCAUCUACAGGGAUUUGAAACUGGACAACAUCCUUCUGGACGCAGAAGGUCAUUGCAAGCUGGCCGACUUUGGGAUGUGCAAGGAAGGGAUUCUGAAUGGAGUGACGACCACCACAUUCUGCGGGACUCCUGACUACAUAGCUCCCGAGAUCCUGCAGGAGCUGGAGUACGGCCCCUCCGUGGACUGGUGGGCUCUGGGGGUGCUGAUGUACGAGAUGAUGGCCGGGCAGCCCCCCUUUGAGGCUGACAACGAGGACGACCUGUUUGAGUCCAUCCUCCAUGAUGACGUCCUGUACCCCGUCUGGCUCAGCAAGGAGGCCGUCAGCAUCUUGAAAGCCUUCAUGACGAAGAACCCUCACAAGCGCCUGGGCUGUGUGGCAGCGCAGAACGGCGAGGACGCCAUCAAGCAGCACCCCUUCUUCAAAGAGAUCGACUGGGUGCUCCUGGAGCAGAAGAAGAUCAAGCCACCCUUCAAGCCACGAAUUAAAACCAAAAGAGAUGUCAAUAACUUUGACCAAGACUUUACCCGGGAAGAGCCAGUCCUUACGCUUGUGGACGAAGCGAUUGUGAAGCAGAUCAACCAGGAGGAAUUCAAAGGCUUCUCCUACUUUGGCGAAGACCUCAUGCCCUGAAGCCGCUCCGGGUGGCGCUUGCUGACGCUGCAGAAGGGGUGCCGAGAACAUUCCUGUGUUCCAGAGGCCCAGAAAGUCUCGAACUGCUCCUCCUCCCUGGAGCCCAGUCCCACUUCCACUCUCUAUUUAUUACAUUCCCUCACCCCAGGCCACCUCUUCCCUCGCCCACCUGGUGACCAGAAGGCGCUCUUGGUUCUUGUCUCACCAGUAACACAGCAGUUAGCUGCACGCGCUGCCGUGUUUGGACCGUUGGCAAGCCUGGUUCCACUCCGCGGGGGUUCCUGGCAGUGCCACAGCUUCAGUUCUUGUACCACAAGGAAAAAAAAGAAAGCAACCAAGAAGACUCUGGCUCUGCCGUGGGACAUAGAAUCGUGACACCCCCCCACCCCCCCGCUUGUCAUCCCUCCUGCGCCCUGGCUUGCCACCCUGCCCUUCCGUCUAGAAGAGACGGGUGCUGCUGCUGUGGGGGUCGGCACCCUCGGGCACGCCCUGCGAGGGAGGGAGACCGAGACACACGGUGGGCUAGCUGCUGGUUUGUUCUAGAGUGGCUGACUCUUGCCUGCUUUGGUUUUAGCAGUUGAGCAUGCCGAAGUCAUGUAAGUUUGUAUCUUGUGGGGAAAAAAAUAUCACUCUUUGUGGAACAAGAAAUUUGAUUUUGAACUCUAUUCACAUUUGAAAAAUAGAUUCUCAGAUUUGCUUUCUAAUUGGCCAUAAGAUAUCAAUUCCAAUCUGAAUACAGGUAGAUAUUAAAGGGCUACUAUACAGUGAGAAACCAGUUGUUCAGGGUUUAUGCUAUCAGUGCUUUCGUGGCACGUGGGGGCUGUGUGCAUUGAGAGAAGAGGAAACAAGCAGUAAUCCCCAUUAUUAAAAUUCUCUCGGAACACCAAGGCCACACGGCAAUGGCCGAGACCCUGGGGUUCUAGCAAAACUUGGCUCCCAAAUUCUCUAAGUUCCUAGCAUAAACGCUAUUUAUUUUCUGCAGCGGUGUGUUAUUUUUUGUGUACUUCUACAAAAUGGUAGUACUACUGUGUCGUGGUUUUUACAGAUUAAACAUGUAAAGUUAUGUAUGAAAUAUCUGCUUUUGGAAUAAGCAGAAUGAGGCUACACAUGGGUUAUGCAAAGGGUAUCAGGAGACUGCAAAGCAACUCCUUUGAAAACUGACAAUGUGCAAGAUAUACUCAGAGGUUUGUUUUUGUGUGACAUGCAAUGACAACUCAUGUGGACACUAUUUAACAGCUGUGAUGUUAUCUCCUGUAGAUAUGCUAACAGUGUUACAUUCUUUCAUUUCCAAGGGUUCUCUGUGGCUUUGUGUAUAUGUUUCCGGAGGUCAUUUGAUUACCUAUUUCACUGAACUGAUUUAGCAGGGAAUGGAAUCCAUUCCAACUAUUGCACGUGGAUUUCCCAGCUGCCCCUAAAUAUAUAUACUUGUGAGUGGCAAAGUGGCACUAAUGAAGCUUUUUGCCUUUUGUACAUUUGAGAUUUUUGUAUAUAGUGUUUGCUGCAAGGCCUGUGGAAUUAAUUCAUUGAAUAUAGAGGUAUCAACUGCUGCAUGUUCAGGCAUAUUAUAAAAACUUUAGUCUAUGAAAGAAUAAUUAUAAUAAUGUCUAGGUGCAAUACUCUGUAAGCGUAUUGGUUCAAGUUACCGAGAGAUAGGUGUGUUCCUUUUGGGGGGAGGAGGGGGAGGGGGUUCUUUGUAUUGUUUAUUUCAUUUUGGUUUAUUUUAAAAGAUGUAAACAUAUAUUAAGCUAUAUUAAAUCUCACAUAUACUUCUCCUAUGCUCUAUUAUUGCCUGAUAGACAUGAGGAGAAAAAGGAAUGUUUGUGAUGGUAGUUUCAAAGCUUGGACAGUGAUGAUCUCGAGCCCAUGGAGAGUUCGUGUCCGUAUUUGCAUCUGGCUGGUCAUAGCCUUUGUUACUAAUGAUGACAUUCAGUUCUCUUUUGUUUUUAUUUUUUAAAAACUCAGGUGUAAUUAUUAUCUGUUCUUAUGAUAACUGCAAAUAUUAAAUAUUAUGCUACAUCAAUUCAUGUGUUUGGCAUACCAGUGAAGUGAUGACGAACAUUAGAUUAAUUUAAUUUAUCUUCGGUAACUUGACAUGCUGGGGAGAGACUUCUUCUGGAGUUGAGUACAAGCACAGAAACAUCUUCACGGUGGCAUCAUCUCAUUUUUUUAGGAAGACAUGACAAUACUGCCCAUCAUACUUACGUGUAACUACUGCUUUAUCUUUCUUCUGCUUCUGUCACCAUUAUGAACUCUGGAUGACCAAGCAAGUUCUAAGUGCAAUGCCAAAUGGCCUUGGCCCAGGGCUUGGUAGUGUUUGCAUGGCAGCGGGGAUUGGGCCCUUCCUACAGGACAACUGGCAAUUUUGCUGGGAAGUCAAAUACUACAUUCCACCCGGCAGCUAGGCAGGCAGCCAGCCAGAUCCAGAGUCCCCCUUGCACACCCAAAGCCAGGCUGGCUGGGAUGCCUCUGGCUGAUGAAAUUCUCAGGCAGGCAAAUUUAAAUCCAGCAUAGGUCUGUAGAAAAAGACUAGUGUGUUCCUCGAGUAAUCAUUGUUUCAUUUUCAUUUUCACAACAGUUUAGAAGCAGACACACUGUUACACUUCUGCCAGUUUUCUACUCUUUCCAACACCCACCCCCUUCUCUCUCUCUCUCUCUCUCUCUCUCUCUCUCUCUCUCUUUCCCUCUCUCUUUCUCUCUCUCAAAAUAAAAAGAGUGCAAAAAAAUGCCAAAAAAAUAUAUGAAGGAUUGUUGUUCUCCUGUGUUCUCUCAGUAUGGACCUUGUGAAGUGGAAACAUAAUUUUUUUCCUCCAAAGGUGAAAAAAAAAAUGCAUUCUUGCUUUAAAAAUAAAAAAAGGAAGUCUAAAAAAAUUACCUCUUUUUAAAUUAUGUGCAAAAUAAUUCUGGCUAUAAAGUAUAUUCAAUUUUAGGGAUUUUUUUUUGUAUUGUGAUGCUUUAUUUGUAUAUUUUUUUCCUUUCUGGAUGUAAUUUUAAUCUCUUGCCAUUCAUUAGUGUUAUUUCGUUGUAAACAUUAUUGUGCCAAAUGUACUGUAUUCAAAAGGAUGUGAAUGUGUAUUGUUUCAGAACCUAAUAAAUACAAUGACAUUAAGUCUUA